AUCAAGGCACAGUGCAAAAGGUGAUUGUGUUGCCCAAGGAACAAGGGAUACUGGAAGAACUGACUCUGGAGGAAGUGGAGGUGUUCAGGGAACCAGCUCCAGUGAAGACACUGUGGAUAUCCUCAAAGCGACAACAGCUCUAUGUCUCCUCUGACAUGGGCGUUUCCCAGUUGACUCUCCACCGAUGCCGGGAAUAUGGUGAAGCCUGUGCUGAUUGCUGUCUGGCUCGGGACCCCUACUGCGCAUGGGAUGGGCAACGUUGUGCCCGCUACAGUCACACAGCCAAAAGGAGGAGCCGCCGCCAGGAUAUCAAGCAUGGCGAUCCCCUGAGGCAAUGCCGUGGAUUUAAUGCCAAGGCAGAACAGCAAUUAAGUGAACAGAUCCAAUACGGACUAGAAGGAGGAAGCGUAUUUCUGGAGUGUGAACCCCGGUCUCCCCACGCGACCAUCAAGUGGCUCACGCAAACAGACGAUUCCACCAAACGCAAAGUGUUGCCCCGGGAUCGCAUAUUGCUUCAAACACCUCAAGGUGUGCUUUUAGGACCAGUGAUGCCAUCCGACAGUGGGCUCUACCAAUGCGUGGGCACCGAGAAUCGCUUUCGCCACACGCUGCGGCGGCUUCGUCUGCAUGUCCUUCCGCGGGCUUUGCUGGAGGGGGCCAUCACCUCGGAAGAGGCACCUACCCUGGGUAUUUGUGAGAGCUACUGGCAACAGUUCAACAGAGCCCAGGAUAUCCAGCACAGCCAAGGCGGCCACCAGUCCCAUACUGGGCCCAGUCUGUGGAGUUCUGAACAGCAGUCCAACUGGUACAGAGCUGCUCAGCAGCACUCAUUGAACUGGACCACCAGUAGUCCCCAUCACUCGCAAAGCACCAGCACCCGCCGUCGCCCCCACAACCACCGCCCCCACCAUCACCACCACCACCACCACCGCUCCAAGCCAUGGGCAGGGCAUCAAACUCCACCUCGAAGCUGAGCUGGAUGGAAGACAGUGGGCAGGGAGGGGCUUUGACCUAAUCUUUGGCGCGAGAGAAUGACAUUCCAGUGGACUCUUUGUAAAGAGCUGAGUGGAUCCAGAGAUGGGGAAAAAACCUCUUUGCUUCCUCCAGAUUGAGGGGACAACACUAUUGCUAACAAAAGUGUGGGGUGCGGUGUGUCCAGGCUAAUUCCAGGGUUUUUAGGACCAGGGCUUACUGGCUCUUUGCUGAAAUGGAAAAGUGGCCAGUGCUAAUUGCAAAGGCUUUGGCAUUCUUCUUCUUUUUUUUUUAACAGUAUUCAUUCCCAACCUUAUGCCAUUCUCUCACAUCAUAGAAGGAAAACUGUGGGGCUUCCUUCAACAUUAACGCCAUCGUUUUAUUAACCCUAUGCUGCAGAAGCAUGUAGCAGAAAAUAAAAUACCAGUUUAUUUUCUAAACAAAAUGGAAAAGGGCCAUUGUGGAUUUGUGAAAGGAAGAACAGUUCCAUGCACAGUGAGCCCAACGUUACAAGUAGUUUUUUAAGACCCAGCCUCGUCAGAAUCAAGCCCUGAUUGCCACGAACUGAAAUGGGGCAAUGUUAACAAUGGGUUUAGUGGUUUAUCCCGAGUACCACCUAUGCCACAGGUAUUAAACGGAACCCUUGCUUCAAUGGAA